AUGUCCAAUAAAGCUGAUCCAUAUGACUAUAUGGAAGGGUUCGGAAAUCAUUUUACUUCCGAAGCUUUGCAAGACGCAUUACCAAAGGGUCAGAAUACCCCACAAAAAUGUCCAUACGGCCUUUACGCAGAACAGCUUUCAGGAACUGCGUUUACAGUAGACCGUAAAAAUAAUCAACGAAGGUACGUUUGUCACCAACCAUUUAAAAAACUCGAUCCAAAAGAUCAUCAUAUCACAAACAAAUUCAGUAUAAGCGACGUUCAUUAUGUUCCAAAUCAAACUCGCUGGAGUCCUUUUAAUCUUUUAUCAGUAUCCAAUGAAAAAAUUUCAGAUGAUAAAAACAUAAAUUUUAUUCAUGGAUUACAUACACUCGCUGGUGCAGGUGAUCCAAUCACCAAAAAUGGCUUGGCAAUUCAUAUUUAUUGUGCAAAUGUAAAUAUGGAUAACGUGGCCUUUUAUAAUUCUGAUGGGGAUUUUUUGAUUGUUCCACAACAUGGAAAACUUGAUAUCACCACAGAAUUUGGUCGUUUGAUGGUUUCUCCUAAUGAAAUAGUCGUUAUUCCUCGUGGAAUUCGAUAUGCCAUUAACUUACCUGAUGGUCCCAGCCGCGGGUAUGUUCUUGAAGUCUUUGGUAAUCACUUUGAAUUGCCUGAUCUUGGUCCGAUAGGAACGAACGGUCUGGCUAACUCACGCGAUUUCAUGACACCUGUGGCUUCAUUUGAGGAUAGAGAAUGUGAAUUUACGAUAAUUAACAAAUAUGUUGGACAACUGUUUAUUGCUAAGCAGGAUCAUUCGCCAUUUAAUGUGGUAGCUUGGCAUGGAAAUUACGUCCCGUAUAAAUACGAUCUUGAGAAAUUUAAUACGAUAAAUUCUGUAUCUUUUGAUCAUAUAGAUCCAUCCAUAUUUACAGUUCUUACGUCGAAAUCUGCGUUUCCCGGUACUGCAAUUGCAGAUUUUGUAAUUUUCCCACCUAGAUGGGCUGUCCAAGAGCAUACUUUUAUGGGAUUAAUUUAUGGUGCUUAUGAAGCCAAAGCUGAAGGGUUUUUACCUGGUGGUGCUAGUCUUCAUAGCAUCAUGACACCACACGGUCCUGAUUCAGUUACUUUUGAAAGAGCAUCUAAUGAAGAACUUGAACCUGUUCGUGUAGCUGAAGGCACAAUGGCAUUCAUGUUUGAAUCAUCAUUAAUCCUUGGUAUUACUGAAUGGGGAAUGUCUAACCAAGUACAAAUUCAGCAAGAUUACUGGAAAUCGUGGCAAG